AUGGACCUCCUCAUCGCGCAGAUCACCACCGAUCUCCGCUCCUCGGACGCUCUCCGGCAGUCGUCAGCGCUCUUGCAGGCCCUGCAGCAGUGCGCCGCCGGCCGCGACGUCUCCGCGCUAGCCCGCACCGCCGCCACCGAGAUCCUAGCGGCACCCUCCUCCGCCGUCUGCAAGCGCCUCGCGCUCGACCUUCUCCGUGCGCUGCCCCUGCCCCCCGAUCUCCUCGACCCGCUCCUGCUCUCCUCCCUACGCUCCGACCUCUCCUUCCCGGAUCCCGACGUCGCCGCCUCCUCCAUCGCCUCAUUCCCGUCGCUCCCCUCGCACCUACUCCCAACCCUCCUCUCCUCCGCGCACGCCGACAUCGCUGCCGCUCUCUCCUCGCCCGCCGAGUCACUCCGCCUUGCCGCCGUUACCUCCCUCUCCUCCCUCCUCCCGCGCGAUGACCUCGCGCUUAUGUGCUCCACCAACCCCUCGCUCAUGGGGCACGCCACCACCUGGUGGGGCCGUCUGACCGAGCUGGCCUUGGACUCUGCAGACGCAGUGGCAGCCGCAGCGUUCGAGGCACUUGCUCGGCUGUUCCAGGAGCUGGACGCGCGGCGUAUGAGCCGGCUUGCUGGAGACAAGCUCGUUGAUGGAGAGGGUGCGCUCGCUGUGCGUGCCCAGUGGGCAGCUGACGCCAUCGACUUCAUCUGGUCCCGGCGAAACAUGCUCAUUGCUAGAUCCAUGGUGAUGCCCGUCGAGAGCUUCCGGGUCACUGUGUACCCUCUUGUGCAUGCAGCAAAAAUGGUUGCAUCUGGCGCGGUGAACACGCUGCGGCAGAUUGCCAAACCAGGAGACACUACAAUAGCCGAUACCGUGGAGGCGAGUGCGGAGAAGUUGGUGGGGGUGUCUGACAUUGUCUCGCACUUGCUUCCUUUCCUUAGCUCGCUGGAACCGCCACUGGUGUUUGAGGUGGGGAUCAAUAUGCUCUCGCUCGCAGAUGCGCCCGGAGGCAAGCCGGAGUGGGCUUCAGCUGCCAUUAUUGCAAUCCUAACACUAUGGGACCGACAAGAGUUCUCAUCAAUGAGGGAGACGAUUGUCAGAGCUGUUGUGGCGAAUCUCCAUUUGCUGGAUCUUGGAAUGCAGGUGUCUCUGUUCAAAAGGCUGCUUCAGAUGCUGAAAAAUUUGAGAGCAGAAUCAGAUCGAAUGCAUGCAUUGGCAUGCAUUUGCCGAACUGCUCUUUGUGUUGAUCUUUUUGCAAAGGAGAGCGUUCGAAGAGGUCAGAAGCCCGUUCCAGGAACAGAUGUGAUAUCUCUUUUUGAGGAUGCAAGGGUGAAGGAUGAUCUAAACAGCAUAACAAGCAAAAGCUUGUUCAGAGAAGAGUUAGUUGCCUCACUGGUUGAAAGUUGUUUCCAGCUAUCUCUUCCACUACCUGAGCAGAAGAAUUCUGGGACAGAGAGCAGAGUUAUAGGGGCAUUAGCCUAUGGUACUGGUUACGGUGCGUUGAAUUGGACAGAACCUGCUUUGGAUGUGGUGGAAGUUUGCAGGCCUUGUGUUCUCUGGGACUGUGACGGGCGUACCUAUGCAAUUGAUUGCUAUCUGAAGUUGCUUGUACGGCUUUGUCAUAUAUAUGAUACCAGAGGCGGCGUGAAGACAAUUAAGACUGGUGCAUCUCAAGAUCAGAUUCUAAAUGAGACUAGACUUCGAAAUUUGCAGCUACAGCUUAUUAGGGAUCUUCGUGAGGUUCAUACCUCAAGAAUAUCAUCACGGCUGAUAUGGGCAAUUUCUGAACACUUUGAUCUUGAAGGUCUUGAUCCUCUUUUAGCUGACGACCCAGAGGAUCCUCUGAAUAUUAUCAUAUCUAACAUGCAUAAGACUUUAUUCAACACCGAUUCCUCUGCCACUACAUCAAAUAGGAUACAAGAUGUGCAGGCUGUCCUCAUAUGCGCUCAGCGUUUGGGAACCAGAAAUGCAAGAGCCGGCCAGCUCCUCAGUAAAGAAUUGGAGGAGUUCAGGUCAAGUACUUCAGCUGAUUCUGUCACCAAGCAUCAGUCACGUUAUGUCUUGCAGAUAAUAAAGUAUGUGACGAAUCAUCCAGAUAACAGGUGGGUUGGUGUAGGCGAUGCUACAGGAGAUUACCCUUUUAGCCACCACAAACUUACAGUUCAGUUUUCUGAGGCUGCUGCUGCACAAGAUAGGAAAUUGGAGGGAUUAGUUCAUAAGGCCAUUCAGGAGCUUUGGAGGCCCAAUCCCAGCCAGUUAACUCUCCUACAGACUAAGGGUAUCGGUGCUUUGCACAAAGAUCUUCCAAAAGCAUGCACUCUGACUGGCAGCAGCGAUCCAUGUUACAUCGAAGCAUAUCAUUUGGCGGAUCCAACUGAUGGCAGAAUCACCCUACAUUUAAAGAUUUUGAAUUUGACUGAGCUGGAACUCAACAGGGUGGAUAUCCGAGUUGGGCUCUCUGGAGCAUUGUAUUAUAUGGAUGGAUUUUCCCGCACUGUUCGCCACCUGCGUAAUCUUGUUUCCCAGGAUCCAGUCCAAAGUAGUGUCACUGUGGGAGUUUCACAUUUUGAGAGAUGCUCUCUCUGGGUUCAAGUCCUGUAUUACCCAUUCUACGGAAGUGGAGGAUCGGCAGACUAUGAAGGAGAUUAUGCAGAAGAGGACUCACAAAUGACGAGGCAGAAGCGCGCGCUCCGGCCAGAGCUUGGGGAGCCGGUUGUUUUACGGUGUCAGCCCUACAAGAUCCCUCUCGCUGAACUUCUCUUGCCAUAUGAAUGCUCUCCAGUUGAGUAUUUUCGUCUAUGGCCAAGCUUGCCAGCCAUGGUUGAGUGCACUGGCACAUACACAUAUGAAGGUAGUGGUUUCAAGGCCACUGCAGCUCAGCAGUAUGAUAGCUCUCCUUUCCUCAGUGGGUUGAAGUCAAUUUAUUCCAAGCCCUUCCAUCAAGUCUGCUCUCAUUUCAUCCGAACAGUUGCUGGGUUCCAGUUGUGUUACGCUGCAAAGACAUGGUUUGGUGGGUUUGUGGGCAUGAUGAUCUUCGGUGCAAGUGAGGUCAGCCGAAAUGUUGAUCUGGGUGACGAGACAACCACGAUGAUAUGCAAGUUUGUCGUGCGUGCAUCUGAUGAAUCGAUCACAAGAGAGAUCGAGUCGGACCUCCAGGGCUGGCUGGAUGACAUCACGGACGGCGCUGUUGAAUACAUGCCCGAAGAAGAGGUGAAGAGCACAGCUGCGGAGCGGCUGAAGAUAUCCAUGGAGAGGAUAGCGCUACUCAAGGCAGCCAAACCUAAGAUGCCGCCCGCGAAAACCGAGCAAGAAGAGGAAGAGGAGAGGAAGCAGAGCGAGGAGUUGGACGGGUUUGGGAACCCCAAGGGCCCCUCGACGCUCUCCAAGCUCACGGCGGAGGAAGCCGAGCACCGUGCGCUCCAAGCAGCCGUGCUCCAGGAGUGGCACCAGCUCUGCAAGGAGAAAGCCAUGAAGGCACAGUGA